AUGGCUACAGUUUUAGUGACCGGCGCUUCCGGCUUUAUCGCCGCACACGUCGUGGCAGCUUUCCUCCGCAAUGGAUACAACGUUCGAGGAACAGUUCGUUCCGAGAAAUCUGCUGCAGAAGUGCGCCAAACGCAUGCUGACUAUGCCAGUCAAUUGAGUAUAUCCAUAGUGCCAGAUAUAGCAGCUCCCCAUGCGUUCGACGAAGCCGUCAAGGGGGUCAAUGGGAUUAUCCAUACAGCAUCACCCUUUGUUCUGAAUGCUAAUGACUACGAAAAGGAGCUUUUCCAGCCUGCUAUCCAAGGAACAACGUCGAUUCUGAAAGCGGCCCAGGAACACAACCCGGAUGUCCGCCGAGUUGUAAUCACGGGAUCUUUUGCGUCUGUCCUCGAUCCAUCCAAGGGUCUGCGACCUGGUUACGUUUAUACUGAGGCCGAUUGGAAUCCCGUAACGGUUGAGGAAGCAGGGACAAAUGGCAGCAUUGCAUACCUUGCAUCGAAGACUUUUGCGGAGCAAGCAGCAUGGAAAUAUGUCAAGGAUAAUAAGCCAAAUUUCAGUGUGACCACCCUGUUACCCCCCAUGGUCUUCGGACCUGUCGUACAUCACGUGAAGGACGUGGACUCCCUAAACACAUCUUCUGCCGACAUCUAUCGCCUUAUCAACGGUUCCGAGACUGAAGUCCCCGUAAAUGCUUUCUGGGCUUUCGUUGAUGUCCGCGACGUGGCUGCAGCUCACGUCCUAGCCUUUGAAAAGCCUGAGGCAGCCGGUCAGCGAUAUUUACUUUACACUUCACCAUAUAGCUACCAGCAGUUCUGUGAUAUUAUCCGGGAGAAGUUUCCUCAACUUCGGGAAACGACACCGAUGGGUACUCCUGGAGCUCCUAUACCACCGGUUUACACAUUGGACACGUCGAAGGCCGUUCAACAGCUUGGAAUGAAAUUUAGGCCUCUUGAGGAGACUAUAGUUGACACGGUUGAGAGUUUUCUCAAGAUAUGAUUGAAUAUGGAUGGGGCUUUUUCCCCCUCCUCUUUUUACUCUUUUGUUAGAUAACCCGGAUAUCCGGCGAGGCAGAAGCCUUGAACCUUCAAGGUUUACCCCUCAUGAUAGUGUCAGAAAGAUCGUCUUGUUCUGUUGAAGAUCUACUCCACGUUAGGGCAAUACUUGGGCA